UCCGAAUUCUUGCCGAACUGCUCGCGGCAAUAGCACACGCCAAAGUUCCUGGCGUGUAAAUUUUGAUAUUUCGCGAGUAAAACAAGUGAGUUUAUAGAAAUUAGGCGUCAAGAUGAUGUACGACAAUGAGGAAGAGUAUUACGAGCAGGAGAAUGCCGAAGAAAUCUCCCACGAGUUGUGGCAAGAAGCUUGCUGGAUCGUUAUCAACGCUUACUUCGACGAGAAAGGUCUCGUCCGACAACAAUUGGACAGUUUCGAUGAAUUCAUUCAAAUGUCCGUUCAGCGUAUCGUCGAGGACUCGCCCGCUAUCGAUUUGCAAGCCGAAGCGCAACACACAUCUGGCGAAAUUGAGACACCGACCCGCUUUCUUCUCAAAUUCGACCAAAUUUACCUGUCGAAACCCACUCACUGGGAGAAGGAUGGUUCACCAAGUCCUAUGAUGCCGAACGAGGCUCGUCUGCGAAAUCUAACCUAUUCCGCCCCGCUCUAUGUGGACAUCACAAAAACUAAAAUCGUCGAAGGACAAGAUCCAAUCGAAACCCAGCAUCAGAAGUCAUUCAUAGGAAAAAUCCCAAUUAUGCUUCGGUCCACCUACUGCCUCCUGAGUCAGCUUACAGAUCGUGAUUUAACAGAGUUGAAUGAGUGCCCGUUGGAUCCCGGCGGCUAUUUCAUCAUCAACGGAUCAGAGAAAGUACUCAUCGCUCAGGAGAAGAUGGCAACCAACACAGUAUACGUUUUCAGCAUGAAAGACGGCAAAUAUGCUUUUAAGUCUGAAAUCCGAUCCUGCUUGGAACACAGCUCUCGACCCACUUCGACAUUGUGGGUGAAUAUGAUGGCCCGAGGUGGUCAGAGUAUCAAGAAAUCAGCAAUCGGUCAAAGAAUCAUCGCGGUCCUGCCUUACAUCAAGCAAGAAAUCCCAAUUAUGAUUGUAUUCCGAGCUCUAGGCUUCGUAGCUGAUCGAGAUAUUCUCGAGCACAUAAUUUACGAUUUCGACGAUCCUGAAAUGAUGGAAAUGGUCAAGCCCUCAUUGGACGAAGCUUUCGUGGUUCAAGAACAAAACGUCGCUUUGAAUUUCAUUGGAGCAAGAGGCGCCCGACCAGGUGUCACGAAGGAAAAACGUAUCAAAUACGCUAAGGAAAUCUUGCAAAAGGAAAUGUUGCCUCAUGUGGGAGUGUCUGAUUUCUGUGAAACGAAAAAAGCUUACUUUUUGGGUUACAUGGUACAUAGGCUGUUGUUGGCUGCGUUGGGUCGUCGUGAACUGGAUGAUCGGGAUCACUACGGUAAUAAACGAUUGGACUUGGCCGGACCUUUACUGGCGUUCUUGUUCCGUGGACUAUUUAAAAACUUAAUGAAGGAAGUAAGAAUGUACUCACAAAAGUUCAUCGAUCGUGGAAAGGACUUCAAUUUGGAAUUGGCUAUUAAGACGAAUAUUAUUACGGAUGGGCUUCGAUAUUCCCUGGCUACAGGCAACUGGGGUGAUCAGAAAAAGGCUCACAUGGCCCGUGCCGGAGUGUCUCAGGUGUUGAAUCGUCUUACAUUCGCCUCCACACUAUCCCAUUUACGUCGAGUCAACUCACCGAUUGGUCGUGAUGGUAAACUGGCCAAGCCUCGUCAAUUACACAACACCCUAUGGGGUAUGUUGUGCCCUGCCGAGACACCUGAAGGUGCUGCUGUCGGUCUUGUAAAAAAUCUGGCUCUCAUGGCUUAUAUUUCUGUCGGAUCACAACCUUCGCCUAUCCUAGAGUUCUUGGAGGAGUGGUCUAUGGAAAAUCUAGAAGAAAUCGCCCCAUCUGCUAUCGCUGAUGCAACGAAAAUUUUCGUAAACGGUUGCUGGGUAGGAAUCCAUCGUGAUCCGGAACAGUUGAUGGCAACUCUCAGAAAAUUACGUCGUCAGAUGGACAUCAUUGUAUCAGAAGUAUCGAUGAUUCGUGAUAUUAGGGAUCGCGAGAUUAGGAUCUAUACAGAUGCGGGACGUAUCUGUCGACCUCUUUUGAUUGUAGAGAACGGAAACCUUUUGUUGAAGAAACAACACAUUGAAAUGUUGAAAGAACGUGACUACAACAACUACAGUUGGCAGGUACUCGUAGCUUCCGGCGUAGUCGAAUAUAUCGACACACUCGAAGAGGAAACUACCAUGAUCGCCAUGUCACCAUAUGAUUUGAAACAAGACAAAGAAUACGCAUAUUGUACCACUUACACUCAUUGUGAGAUCCACCCAGCUAUGAUACUUGGAGUUUGUGCCUCGAUUAUCCCCUUCCCUGAUCACAACCAGAGCCCACGUAAUACCUACCAAAGUGCUAUGGGUAAACAAGCCAUGGGUGUAUAUAUCACAAACUUCCACGUCCGGAUGGACACUUUGGCCCACGUACUUUACUACCCAAUGAAACCCUUGGUAACCACACGUUCCAUGGAAUACCUUCGGUUCAGAGAAUUGCCUGCUGGAAUCAACUCAAUCGUAGCAAUUUUGUGUUACACUGGAUACAAUCAGGAGGACAGUGUCAUCUUAAAUGCUUCGGCAGUCGAACGAGGCUUCUUCAGAUCCGUUUUCUACCGUUCAUACAAAGACUCUGAGAACAAACGAAUAGGCGAUCAGGAAGAACAGUUCGAGAAACCAAAUCGGCAAACAUGCCAGGGAAUGCGUAACUCCCACUACGACAAACUGGAUGAUGACGGAAUUAUUGCACCUGGAAUUCGUGUGUCUGGUGACGAUGUGGUCAUCGGAAAGACAAUUACACUCCCAGAAAAUGAUGACGAGUUGGACGGCACAACAAAACGUUUCACCAAACGAGACGCAUCGACUUCCCUGCGUCACUCUGAAACUGGUAUCGUGGACCAAGUCAUGCUUACGCUAAACAGCGAAGGCUAUAAGUUCUGUAAAAUUCGAGUCAGAUCGGUUCGUAUCCCGCAGAUUGGUGACAAGUUUGCUUCCCGUCACGGACAAAAAGGUACAUGUGGUAUUCAAUAUCGCCAAGAAGACAUGCCGUUCACAUGCGAAGGGCUAACACCUGAUAUUAUCAUUAAUCCUCACGCUAUCCCGUCUCGUAUGACAAUUGGCCAUUUAAUUGAAUGCUUACAAGGCAAACUGGGUUCGAACAAAGGCGAAAUCGGUGACGCGACACCAUUCAACGAUGCCGUCAACGUACAGAAAAUUUCAACUUUCCUUCAGGACUACGGAUAUCACUUGCGAGGCAAUGAGGUCAUGUACAACGGCCACACAGGACGAAAAAUCAAUGCCCAAGUUUUCCUUGGUCCUACCUAUUAUCAACGUCUUAAGCACAUGGUGGACGAUAAAAUUCACUCUCGGGCAAGAGGUCCAGUACAGAUUUUGGUGCGUCAACCUACGGAGGGUCGUGGUCGAGAUGGUGGUCUACGUUUCGGUGAAAUGGAACGGGAUUGUCAAAUUUCUCACGGUGCUGCACAAUUUUUACGAGAACGUUUGUUUGAAGUUUCAGACCCGUAUCGGAUACAUGUUUGCAAUUUCUGUGGGUUGAUUGCAAUCGCCAAUUUACGAAAUAACACGUUUGAGUGUAAGGGCUGUAAGAAUAAGACGCAGAUAUCUCAAGUGCGGCUUCCGUAUGCUGCCAAACUGCUAUUCCAAGAACUUAUGUCAAUGAACAUUGCACCACGAUUGAUGGUUGUUUAAAUUGAAUAUUUUAUUUCAUUUGUCUUUUAUAUAUUGUAUGUAAGUCUGGGCAUUUCCUAACAUAAAUAUUCCAAAUAAAAGGAGAUUUAUAAAUA